UUGGAUAUUCUGUUCAUCCUGUACUGGAUUCCAAUUCCGCUUCUGCCCGGCAUAAGUAGUCCAACAGGCUGUAUAUAGGCAGGCAAAGAGGCCGAGAAACGUGAAUCGGUCCCUUCUCUGAGCUUCCAGUUACAGAUUGUUGCAUAUUUUCUCCUAGAUUAGUUCACUGUAUUCCCCAGAUUUUCCUCGGUGGGACUUUGCGUGUGUGCUGCCUCAUAGUUUCCCGACUUCGAACUCUGUCUUGGGUUUAGCGGACUUGAGUUGGAUUGUGAAAAAUAAAAUCUUGUCUUGUAUGUUGCCAUGGCGCCCAGAAUAUCAUUGUUUGGGAUCUUGCUGGUGCAGAUUCUCAGUUUUCAGUUGUUGGUAUCGCCGGAUUUCUUCUUGGCUGGAGCUGUGGUGAGAGGGGGUUACUGGUUGCAAGACUUGCCGCUAGUGAACAUAAACUUCAAUUACGAGACGCAUGUGUACUACGCGUUUGCAGGCUUGGACCCUUCCUCGUACCAGGUUGUGGCUCCGACCACCGACAAUGGCCAGUACGCGACGUUUGUGGCCACGGCGAAGAGCUCAAACCCUUCCGUUGUGACGCUCCUCUCCAUCGGCGGAGGUGCAGCAAAUUUUACCACAUUUGGCGAAAUGGUGAGCACAUCCACCAGGCGGCAGGCCUUCAUUGACAGCAGUAUCUCGCUGGCUCGCCAAUACAGUUACGAAGGACUGGACCUAGACUGGGAGUCACCGCAAAGCCAAACAGAGAUGGAAAAUUUGGCGCUACUGCUACAGGAAUGGCGCGCGGCUGCGCAUACGGAGGCUCAAUCGUCAGGCAAUACCGAGCUUCUCCUCACAGCUGCUGUGAGCUACCAGUCAAUUCUGCUCUACACGGGUGUCGGUAAUCAGGUCUGGCCGAUUACCGCUUUCAACACAUACUUGGACUGGGUGAACGUGAUGACCUAUGAUUACCACGGCUCAUGGGAGCCAACCACUACUGGCGAACACACAGCAUUAUACGACCCCAACUCCGACGUCGACACUGAUUACGGAAUCAACAACUGGCUGUCAGCAGGCAUGCAAGCAGACAAGAUGUGCUUGGGACUUGCUUUCUAUGGAAAGCAGUGGGUUCUUGCCAGUCUUGCCAACACCGGAGUAGGGGCGCCUGCCACCAGUGGUGGCGACCCCAUAACAUAUGCAGACAUCGUGACUUACAACAACGCAGGAGGCGCCACUGUUGAGCAAGAUUCCACUACUGUAUCAAUGUAUAGUUACAAGUCUGACUUGACUUGGAUCGGGUAUGACAAUCCUGAUACUAUCGCUGCGAAAGUUCAGUAUGCGCAGAGUAAAUCUUUGCUGGGUUACUUCGCCUGGGCACUUCAUCAGGACGAUGCGAAUUUCUCCUUGGCGUCAGCAGCGCAAAAUGCGUGGACGUAAUCGAGGCUGCAAACUUGUAAGAUGGAAGAACCCAACUGUUUAAUGUACUAAACUAAAGAUUUUUUUAGGGUUCGGGCUUAAUUAAAAGGACAACAAUAUCUUUCAAAGGCAUAGCCGAUUCGGCUCAACAAGGUAAUCUCAGCUGGAGGCAGAGCCAUCAAAAUUCAGCUAAUAAAAGUAUGAUCAAUGAUCACGAAUCAUCUGUCAUUACGUGUAAAUCAUCAACUAAAAUUAAGAAGAUUACAUGCUGCACUUUACAAAUAAUUCAUUUUGAUUA